AUGCAUUUCCUAACUAAAUAUCAUCAUUUGCUACUUAAAGCUACCUGUGGAGUAAUGGAGUUUAAGUGCAAUGAUGGGCAAUGUAUACCUGAUAGAUGGCAAUGUGAUGGUAAAGCUGACUGUCAUGAUGGAGGAGAUGAAAGUGAAAAUGUUUGCUACCUGAGAAUCUGCCCCACAGGUGAAAUUAAAUGUGGCUCUGGAUCUCUUCAGUGUAUUCCAGUUUCUUGGAAAUGCAAUGGAGUACAGGACUGCAAUGAUAGUGAUGAAGAAGAAAACUGCGGCCAUGUCACUUGUAGUCCAGCAGAGUUCACUUGCUCCAGUGGCAGGUGCAUUUCUAAGAAAUUUAUCUGUAAUGGUGCUGAUGACUGUGGUGAUGGAAGUGAUGAAAAAAGCUGUGCUCCAUUUCCCUGUGGCCCACAUGAGUUUCAGUGCAGUAAUUCUUCAGAAUGUAUAUCCUUGAGUUGGGUGUGUGACCACCAUGCUGAUUGUACUGAUCAGUCUGAUGAAACUCCAGACAGAUGUGGGCACACAGCUCCAUUUGUCACCUGCUCGCCUAGUGACCUUCAGUGUGAUUCAGGUGAAUGUAUUCACCAUAAAUGGUACUGUGAUGGAGAUAUUGACUGUAAAGAUGGAAGUGAUGAAGCCAACUGUCCAUCUCAAACAUGUAGGCCAGAUCAUUUUAGAUGCAGUAAUGGCAGCUGUAUCCCUGGACAUAGUCAGUGUAAUGGAAUUGCUGAUUGCCCAGAUGGUAGUGAUGAAAUCAGUUGCAAGAAGGUUGCUGAGUGUACAGGACCCAUGGACUUCAAGUGUCAGAGUGGUGAAUGCAUAAACAUAUCUCAAGUCUGUAAUCAUCAACAGGAUUGCAAAGACUGGAGUGAUGAACUCCUGGGAAAAUGUUAUGUGAAUGAAUGCUUAUUGAAUAAUGGAGGUUGUUCUCACAUCUGUCAGGAUCUUGUCAUUGGCUAUGAAUGUGACUGCCCUGCUGGUUUUAAAUUGGUUGAUGAGACUUGUGAAGAUGUUGAUGAAUGCCAAAAUCCUGGAACCUGCAGCCAAAUUUGUAUCAACUUAGAAGGAAGCUAUAAGUGUGAAUGUCAUACAGGAUAUCACAUGGAUCUAACUAAUUCAGUUUGCAAGGCAGUAGGAAAAGAGCCUUAUUUGAUCUUCACUAAUCAUCAUGACAUCCGGAAGCUAGGACUGCAUCACCAUGAGUACACCCAGGUAGCUGCACAGCUGCGAAAUGCUGUAGCACUGGAUGCUGAUAUUGCUGAACAGAGAAUCUUUUGGGCUGACUUGGGCCAGCAAGCAAUUUUCAGCAUGUCCAUGAAUAAAUGGGAACACUCUUCUGGGGUUUCCAGAAUUGAGGAUCUAGAAAUCCCAGGAGGAAUUGCAGUGGAUUGGAUCUACAAACAUAUCUAUUGGACUGAUCGGGGUGCAAAGACGAUAUCUGUGGCCACAUUUGAUGGAACCAAAAGGAAAACACUCUUUGACACUGAAUUGAGGGAACCAGCUUCUGUUGCAGUUGAUCCAAUAACUGGGUUUAUUUACUGGUCAGACUGUGGUGAUCCAGCAGUGAUUGAAAAAGCGGGAAUGAAUGGUGCUGACCGCCAGCAACUUGUGGCCAGAGAGAUUCAGUGGCCAAGUGGCAUUACACUUGAUCUUGUGAAAAGCUGCUUGUAUUGGAUCGAUUCAAAGUUGCACACAUUAUCAAGUGUAGGCCUGAAUGGUCAGGAUAGAAGAACUGUGCUGUGGUCGCUGGAAUUUCUUAGUCAUCCUUCUGCUGUCUCUGUAUUUGAGGAUCGUGUCUUCUGGAGUGAUGAGGAGAACAAAGCCAUCUACGGAGCCAACAAAUAUACAGGAGAUGAUGUGGUGGUUUUGGCUUCUGACCUUCAUGAGCCUCGAGACAUCAUUAUUUACAAUGAACUGUUGCAACCGUUUGGUAAAAAUUGGUGUGUCAAAAGCUUCCGGAAUGGAGGUUGUGAAUUCAUGUGUCUUCCUGCUCCUUGGUUUAACAGCUGGUCACCUAAAUACACCUGUGUGUGUCCGUCUGGAAAGGAACUGGAGCCAAAUGGACAACACUGUAGAAUGGCCACAGUACAUGCAACUGUUGCAGCAACUGCAACCACACUGGUGUCUACUUUGUCCUCGGGUACUGCAAAACACCUGUCUACUGAUCUUUCUGCAAGGGUUGUGCCUUCCAGAGACUUCUGUAUUUCAGUACUUUUGACCAUGGCUGGUGUAGCUGGCUACAUUAAAUGGCAGGACUGGAAGAGGAAGACUCAACAAAACAUGUAUUUUGAGAACCCAGCCUUUGAAUGUAAUUGA